AUGAAGCGGAUGCCACUAGGUAUCAACUCUUUCGGAUACGGUGGUGCCAACGCCCACGUCAUUCUGGAGGCGGCCGGUCCAUAUCAGAACGAAUUCGUAAAUGAUGAGUCGGACCGUUUACGUACCCGGCAGUCGACUAUCGUCCUGCCUCUGUCAACCGCAUCUGCGGCGUCUCUCAAAGCUAGGGUGGCCGAUCUAGGUAACUGGGACUUCGGCAGUACGGAACUCGAUGACCUCGCAUACACCCUGGCCUCUAGACGCACUCAACUUCCCAUGCGAGGCUUUCUCCUUGCCUCGCAAGGCGAUAACAUCUCCCGGUUAUUCAGUUCGCAAGCUGUCUUGACAUCUCCAGUACCUGCAUCCAGACCCGCUCCAUACGCCUUCGUGUUUACAGGGCAAGGGUCCCAACGGCCGGGAAUGUGCUCCGAGCUAUUCGCAGAAUUUCCUGUCUUCCGCCAAGUUGUGGUCGAGAUGGACUUGACAAUCCUCGACAUAGACAAUCCGGAUCUCAUCCACCGCCCGGAGAGGUCACAGCCGUGUUGCACAGCUAUUCAGAUAGCCCUGGUCCAGCUCCUAGCCUCCUGGGGCAUUGCCCCUGCAACGACAGUUGGCCACUCGUCCGGCGAGAUCGCGGCUGCGUUUGCGGCCGGUCACAUUUCCGCGGCUGAGGCUAUCGUCAUUGCUUACUAUCGAGGCUAUCUGGUAUCCAACAACAAAGCGGUGGGCGCCAUGAUGACUGUUGGUCUUUCCGAAAGAGAGGCUGCCAACGAGAUCACCCUCAACUCGCUGGACGAUAAACUCACUGUGGCCUGCGUCAAUUCACCCGAUGGCGUGAAUAUAUCGGGUGACCAUACUUCAGUGGUCGAGCUGCAUCGAGUUCUCGAAAAGAACAAGGUGUUCGCGAGGGUCCUAAAGACUGGCGGGCAGGGUUAUCAUUCACAUCACAUGCUAGCGAUGGGCGAGGAGUAUGAGGCUUUGCUCGAUCGAAGAUUGCCAGUACUUGGCCCCUCGACAAGACUGCCGAAAGGGGCAACUUUCGUCUCGUCUGUAGAUGUAGGCGCGAAAUCGUCGGACUUCAAGGGUCGUUACUGGCGCCAGAAUCUUGAAAGUCAAGUACACUUCGUCCCCGCUAUCGAAUACAUCCAGGCUCAAUCCGACCAUUGCUUCGUAGAGCUAGGACCGCACUCGUCUCUCGAGCUGCCCAUCAGACAGAUCUUGACCAAAGCAAACGGCAUUGAAGCUCGGGUCAAUUACGCAGCUCCGAUCAAGAGAAAUGAGAAUGCACUACAAAGUGUCCUCCGGUGCGCCGGGUCGCUAUGGAUGCAGGGGUGUGACAUCAACUGGUCUAAAGUCAACGGACUGCAAGCCCCUUCCAAACCAUCCAAGCAUCUGCACCGCGUGGUGACUAGUCUGCCGCCGUACAGGUUCAACUAUGAGCAAACGCUCUGGGCAGAGGGGCGAUCGAGUGUGGAAUAUCGUCAACGAAGAUAUGGCCGUCAUGAAUUACUGGGGUCGCUGAUGGAUGCUGGCAACGGAAGGGAUUUCAUCUUUCGCAAUAUCAUUAGACUGGGCGACAUCCCUUGGCUUCAAGACCACAAACUUGGAAACAACAUCGUUUUUCCGGGAACUGGAUAUCUAGCGAUGGCCAUGGAAGCGAUGAUGCAAGUGAGCGGCGUUGACUACACCAAGCCCUCAUUCCAUUUCUCCAAUGUCAACAUCACGAAUGCCCUGGCUUUACCGUCCGAGUACCUUGCCCAAACCGAGAUGUUCUUCUCGCUCCACCGACGGAGCCUUCCAAGUACCGCGACCUCGUCCAAAUGGUGGAAAUUCAACGUCUCUUCCUAUACCGAUGGCGACUCAGUCUCCCACGCCACGGGCGCAGUUGCCAUGGAAAACAGCGCGAGUAUCUUGAAGCCAAAGUACCAACCGCAAGAUGGUACUCUCGAGUCGACAGCAAGACGUAUAUGGUAUGAAAAACUCACCCAACAAGUACUCAACUAUGGACCGACGUUCCAAACAAUAACUCAUUUCGAGACUUCCCGCAUGAAGUCGGAAUCCUUCUGUACCGCAAAAGGCCCACUGCUGAAGUCAACUGAUGAUGAUCCAACGACCGAAUACCCCGUCCACCCAAUCACUCUAGAUGCUUUACUGCAGCUAGCAGCUGUGUCGGCGGCAAAGGCCGCUACUCCCUCAGACAUGACGUGUCGCAUGAACUCGGUCGUACGAAGCACCGGCUUUGGGUCCCUCGAGGCCGGAGCCGAACUCAUUCAAGAAGAUGGCGAGGUCGUGGUUCAAUUUGACCAAGUCAAGCUGAAUCCUUACUCCGCUGGCACCCAGUCCAUCAGCGAAAUAGACACGCGCCAUCCCGUACUUCGUCUGCUAUGGAAGCCAGACAGCUUCGCUCGGGAAGCUGGCUCGUCCGUUUCAGAUGCAUCACUAAUCAAGUUCGGAGCUAUCAUUGACCUGCUCGUGCACAAGGACUCACGGGCGCGUAUCCUCGAGCUGGGCAAUGGUAGCCGCGAAUUGACCACUGCUGUCCUGGACCUGUUAUCUUCUGAAACCGCUUUUAAGCGCUUUUCGAGUUAUAAUACGGCAGCUUUCGAUGACGAGGGCGUGCUUUCUGGCCAGCUCGUAGAUACCCAAACCGGCCAAUCUUGUACAGAAAUGACCCACCUGCAAAGCGGCGCAUUCGACCUUGUACUGAUCCCGGUCGCUGGUCCCUGGGUCCAAAGAUAUAUUUCACAGAUCACGAGCCUGCUUGCCGAUGGCGCGUCGGUGCUUACCCUGUGUCCGGAGCCUGGGAUGAACAGUUUCCAGUCAAGUGGCCUGUCGUGCCUUACUUGUCCGACCGGGCACGGUCUGGGCCUUUUCACUGUUGCUCGUCCAGUGCCAAAGUUGAACAUGGAAGCCUUGCGGAAGCACGAGUUCUUGAUCGUGGAGAGGGAAGAAGAAUCGAAGCUUGGCAUGGCGCUGGCACACACCCUCAAGCAGAUCCAGGGACACGAGGUGGCGCGUACCACCCUAGAUGGCCUCACCACCGACCAAGUCUCCAAAACGUCUACCAUCUUCAACCUCUGCGAGCUGAAACGCCCUCUUCUCAGCACGAUUUCCGAUCAUGACAUGCGUCAUGUGAAAGUCAUGACUGACAACGCGACAGCUCUUGUCUGGGUGACAGGCGGAAAUCUCCUGCUGGGAGGUGAGCCGGACUUCGCGCUUGCUUCUGGCGUGGCUAGGGCAGUGGGUAUGGAGCAACCUGCGCUCAAGUUCUACACGUAUGAUAUCGACGACCCGGAAGCGAACGUGGACAUGACAGCUCAACGUCUGAUCUCAGUCCUGAACCAGCAAGGCUCAAAGCCAGACAUGGAGUUCGUCCAAAGAGAUGGCCUUGUACACGUCAGUCGGUUCGUCCCAGAUGAUGGAGUGAAUAAAGUCUUUCGAAACAAGCAAGGCCUUGAGCAUGUGAGUUUGGCCGCGGCAGCGGUUGGUGCUGCGCAACUCUUUAUCGAACAGCCUAGUCAGUUCGAUAGCAUCUUCUUCCACCAGCAAGAAACGCCGUCCAAUAUAGGCCCCAGGGAUAUCUGCAUCAAGGUCGCAUCGGUGGAGGUCAAUGCGAAAGACUACUACGUCUUGGCUGGAAGAGUUGAGACGCAGAAUGCGACCUGUCAGCUUGAGUGUGCAGGCACAGUCGUGCAGACUGGAUCCGACGUCACCGAAUACGCUGUCGGUGAUCCCGUCGUAGCCAUGGCACCUACCCACUGCCAAACGUAUCAGGUUCUGCCGACUUGGGCCUGCCAUAAGCUCCAAGAAGAGGACAGCUUCGAUGUUUGCGCCACCCUACCCGUCGUGUAUUCCACCGCCCUCUAUGCCUUGCAAUAUCGCGCCAAACUCCAGGCAGGGGAAACUGUUUUGAUACAUUCAGGUGCUGGUGGUGUCGGAAUCGCCGCGAUCGAGGUGGCAUUGGCCGCCGGCGCAGAGGUCUUCACUACAGUCUCGACGGAUGAAAAGCGGGAGUUCCUCGUGAAGACUUUUGGUAUAGGCCCUUCUAACAUUUUUAGCUCUCGAGAUACGUACUUUUCCGCAGGGAUCCUUAAAGCCACCGCGGGCCGUGGGGUAGACGUGGUCCUUAACUCCCUAAUAGGGGACCAGCUACAUGCAACAUGGCGAUGCGUUGCAGAUUUCGGCCGCUUCGUGGAGAUCGGCAAGAUGGACCUCUCUACCGCCGGCCGUCUGGAGAUGGAUCCUUUCCUUAAGAACACAACCUUUACCGCAUUCGACCUCAGUUACCUCUAUAACACGGACAACGAGCAGCAUCACGCGCUUUGGAACCAGCUCCUGUCCGAGGUCAUCCGAAUUGGCAAGAUAGCCAUCAACCUCGAGAACGGAAGUUCCGAAAUCAAAGUCCAGAGGCUGAGAUAUGAGACGUCCUUCCACCCCGACAAGAGCUACGUCAUGGUUGGCUGUCUAGGAGGGCUGGGACGCACCCUUGCUCGGUGGAUGGUCAGCCGGGGCGCACGCAAAUUCGCAUCCUUAGGUCGGUCUGGACUCCAAAACCCAGCAGCGCAGAAUCUCGUGAGCGACCUCAAUGCUUUUGGUGCCAAGUCUUCGGUCGUCACAGGCGAUGUUUGCAAUGCGGCCGAUGUGGAACAGGUCGUUGCUGCGGCAGAGGCAAUGGGCAGCAUUGGAGGUGUCGUGCAAGCCGCCAUGGGUCUUAACGAGGCCAUCUUCUCCGACAUGUCCAAUAGCUAUUGGCACACGGGUAUUGACCCCAAGGGGCAGGGGUCCUGGAACCUGCUUAACGCCCUUAAGUUGAAUGGGAACGCGGCGCAACUAGACUUUUUCCUGAUGACCUCGUCUGUUUCUGGCAGCGUCGGCACGGCCACCGAGUCCAACUAUUGCGCUGGGAAUCACUUCCUCGACCUCUUUGCCCGUCAUCUACGAAACCUGGGACUUCCCGGUAUAUCGGUAGGCCUGGGUAUGAUCUCCGAGGUUGGCUACCUGCACGACAAUCCGGAGAUCGAGGCACUUCUCCUACGUAAGGGAAUUCAGCCCAUCGAUGCCGACGAGCUCGUACAGAUUCUGGACCUCGCUUUAGCGUCUGCGGGUAAGACGAUAGGAGUCCACCAUGCCUAUAACGGACCUGCCAUAGUGCACCAGCUUACCGGCCUUGAAGCCUCUGGGGUCCGGCAGCUGCGAAAGAGGGGGUUUGAGGGAAACCACCCCGUUCUAGAGGACUCGCGCGCCGGACUUCUCGCCAGCGCCCUAGGCGGCGACGAUAAUAACCCCAACAGGCACGGCCAGAAAGGGGACAUGCCCGCAGAGGUGACUCAAGCCAUGGAAAAGGGGCAAACGCUGUCAGAGGCCGUUUUGAGCCACGUCAGGUACAUGUUUGCGAACUUGGUGCUGAUGCAGUACGAUGCGGUUGCGAUUGAGAAGCCGUUAGCUGAGUAUGGGAUGGAUAGCAUGAUCGGUGCUGAGUUUCGAACCUGGCUUUAUCAGAGCCUGAGGGCUGAUGUGCCCCUCUCCAUGUUGUUGGGCAAGUCGUGCACGUUGAAGGAACUGAGCAACGUUGCAAUUGCUGUGGCCAUGGAGAAAUCGGAGGAGGAAUAG